AUGCCCGAUCAAGAGUUCAAUGCUUUUCAAGAGACUCGCAUCAAUGAAAACGCGGGCAAUUUCUCUGAAAUCUUCGUCAGCUGGGCUAAUUUUGACGAAAAUGAUUUAAAUGUCGAACGAGCAGAAUCAGUGGUGGCCGAUGAUGCAGUGGCUGCCCGACAUAUCUCGAUCAAUUUAGACGCAAUCCAUUGUUUCACUGCUUUGAGGAUUCAGACAACUUUUGGAAAUUUCGAUGUGGCACAUCAUUUCUUUCGUAUCUUUGUGACGAUCGAACAAUGGACGGGAUAUCCCGAUCAACCAUUGGACAAUCCAAACGCAUUGAGGAUUCAACCAAGUAAUCAAAUUGUACACGCUGAAUCUCUCGAGCCGAGUCUUGCUGAUUGGAUGUCUGAUUUAUCGGAAGAGAAUGAUGCCUUGCUUGCCGCACCAAUCGCCGAGGAAAGGCUACAAGAAAACAUUGACUUGGAAGAGAAUGAUGGCUUGCCUGCCGCACCUAUCGCCGAGGAAAGGCCACAACUACAAGAAAACAUUGACUUGGUGCAAAAUGAUCUGCCAGAACUCGAUGAGGAUAAUUUGGUGGCGUUCGAUGAAGGAUGGUUUGACGAUGAUGAGCCGCUCGAUCUACCAGUGCAACAAUUCAGCUUUGUCGCCAGAUGGCAAUACUGGGUGAUUCCGCCGGUACCCGAA